AUGGAAUUAUAAAAAUAUGCAGAUGCUCAUUCUCAUAUUUAAGAUUUUGAAAAUGUUGAAUAAAUUGUUAAAGAAUCAAGUGAGUCUGGCAUUAAUCAUAUCAGUAUUGUAUCUGUGUAAUUUAUAGUCUGUAACUCUACAACUUUUGAUUAUUUACCAUAAUCUCUUCUAAAUUUAUAUCCACUCAUAAUUCCUUGUAUUGGUUUACAUCCAUGGUACAUUCAUAAAGAAUAGAUUAUUGAUUAUUAAAAAAUGGAAAACAUAUUAAAAUUAGAUGAACGAAUUUAAGUUGGAGAGAUUGGAUUAGAUUUCAUUAAAGCAAAAGAAAAAGAAGAUUAAAAAAAAUAAUGUGAAGUCUUUAUUACUUAGUUACAAUUAGCAAUUAAAUAUAAUAGAUCUAUGAGUAUUCAUUGUGUUAGAGCUUCUGGAGAAAUGUUGAAAAUAUUUAAAAAAUAAUUAAAGGGAUAGAAUUACAAUGCUGCAAUUAUUAUGCAUAGUUAUGGAUGUCCAAAAGAAAUUACAGGAAGUUUAGAUAAAUUAUAUCCUAAUUUUUAUUAUUCUCUUUGUUUAAAUAUGAAAAUGGAACAAUUAAAUUACAUUGAUAAAAAUAAAUUGCUUUUUGAAACGGAUGCUCCCUACCAAUACAAUCCAAAAAUAGUAGAAUCAGAGGAUUAAAAAUCUCAUCCUAAAUUCUUAAUUAAAUUAAUCUAAGAUUGUGCUACUUAUCUAAAUGAACCAUUAUUAGCAUAAAUAGUAUAUAGUAAUUUUAGAAGGGCACUGAAAUUAUGA